AUGUUAUAUUGUGGGUACUUACUUAUGUUUGGUGUGGUGGUGGGGAUGGCGGCAGUUGCCGCCAACCCUUCACCUUUUUAUGCGGCUCUUGGGCUCGUUAUGGUUGCAGCAAUGGGGUGCGGAUUCAUUAUGUGCUUGGGGGGCACUUUUUCAUGCCUAGUUUUAUUCCUAAUCUAUCUAGGGGGAAUGUUGGUGGUGUUUGCUUACUCGGUAGCACUGUGUUCGGAUGCGCUUCCAACAGGUCUGGCUGAGGGGUCGGUGCUUAAGUCUAUAGUGGGUUAUCUUGGGCUUACAGGGGUAGUGGCCUUGUUCCAGCAAAGCUCAGAGGCCCCCCUUUUUUGGUGAUUUGUGGGCCAGGAGUCAGAGAUAAGUGUGAUGCAGGGGGAGACUGAGGGGGUGUCAGAGGCAUAUGGGAGUGGUGGCAUCUUGUUGCUUACUUGCGGGUGGGCUCUUCUGGUAGCUCUUUAUGUUGCUUUGGAGGUGUCACGGGGUUGCAGCCGGGGGCCAGUGCGGCCAAUCAAGUAG